AUGGCUUGUACUGGUCCCCGGGAAAACGAUGUGCAGAAGAAGUUUUCUCCUCCUAGUCCUCAUUUUUUCAAGAUCAUCUCUAUAGACACACUUCGGGACAACAAGUUUCAAAUUCCUAAUAGAAUAGUGAACAAGUGUGGAGGUACUUUAUCAAUUCCAGUCCUUCUUAAGCUUCCAUGCGGCUUAAAAUGGAAGGUAAGAUUGACAAAGUGUGAUGGCAAGGUGUGGAUAGACAAGGGUUGGAGAGAUUUUUUGAAGUACUAUUCCCUAGGACAUGGGGAUUUAUUGGUUUUUAAGUAUGAAGGGAAUUCUCAAUUCCAUGUUCUCAUAUUUGACAAAAGUACUACAGAGAUAGAUUAUCCCUCCAAUCCCAACUGGAUUGUGAAACAUAAUAUUGGAAGAGGUAAGUUUAGGAUGCAGAUUUUGGAAGCGAAUACUAGUCAAGAAGUCACCAUGAGGCCUUCAUCUUCAGGAGACAUCAGAGCUUCUGAAGCAGCCAAUAAAUUCUUUUCAACAAAUCCCUAUUUCCAAGUCGUGUACCUACUGCUUUUGCAAGAACUUAGUAUGAGGAAAGGACACAAAACUGUGAAUCUUCAAGUAGAGGAUUCCGAGACAAUUUAUGACAAACUAUGGAAAGACAAUAUCAGAUCCAGUAAUUAUUACGACACCGAGUGGUGCAAAAUGGCAUAUGGGAUUGGUGAUAUUUGGUUGUGUAAAGGUUGGCCAGAAUUUGUUCAACACUUUUCCUUAGAGAAUGGACAGGCCUUGUUCUUCAAAUACAGAGGGUGUUCUCAAUUUGAUGUAGUCAUAAUUGGUGUUACUGGUCUAGAGAUAGAUUACUCUAUAACUAAUUCCACCCAGGUUAUUGAGUCCGACAUUGAUGAUGGUUGGAAGGAAUUUGCUGUGGACAAUGAUUUGAAAGUAGGCGAUGUGUGUAUUUUUGAGCUCGUUAACAAAACUCCCAAGAGUGCAGUUAAUCAAGAUCAUCCGAAGAAAAGUGCGAGAGUUAAAACACCAUACAAGGCUGAAACUUGCAAUAUGCGGCCCUCGAUGGACCAUGUGUCGGAGGAAGGAUCCGAAUGCCAUCGCCAAGAGGAAAUCAAUGUUGAACUAUGCAAGUAUUUAGAGUAUCAGAGUUUUGAUCCCAAAUAUGCUUGA